CAGACAGCUUGCAACAGAGCAGAAGAAGAGAAGAACACCCAGAGCAGCUGAUGUUACAUCGAGAAUCAGCAUGACACAGGACAACUGCCACCAGGGCUGUGACUUAUCCUCAACAUCUCCACCAAGACAGUGACAACAAUGCGACAGUGGCAAAGCAGGCAGCCAGCUGCGGUCACUAGAUAGAUACAUCCCAGCUCUUGCCAGGAGUAACAUUUCCAGUGUAUCCACUCUGAUGAUGAGAUCCUUGGUUCGUAUAGUGUUUCUAAUUCCAAUCCUAAGUGUCACCCUUCUGCUCAUAUACUACAACAGUGUUUUAAAAUGGAAAGGUAUCCAUAGGUAUAACAUCACAGAGGAGAGAUUUGUUUUGGCAGAAGCCUGCGAUGCCUUCACACAGGGGAAGGAGAGAUCAUUUGUGUUUGAAGACACCCUGGCCAUUUCAUUUGAAAGGGAUAACUGUCGAGAAUAUAUAAGGCAAAAUCAUUAUAUCACAUCCCCCCUCUCUGAAGAAGAAGCUGAUUUCCCACUGGCUUAUAUUAUGGUUGUGCAUAAAGACUUUCACAUGUUUGAGAGAAUGUUUAGGGCUGUCUAUAUGCCCCAGAACAUCUAUUGUAUCCACGUUGAUGAAAAGGCAAAGUCCAAUUUCUUGCAUUCUGUAGAGAGAAUGGCAGAAUGCUUUCCUAAUGUUUUCUUGGCCUCCAGGACAGAGCCUGUGGUCUAUGCUGGAAUAUCAAGGCUGUUAGCAGAUAUAAACUGCAUUAAAGACCUGGUAAAAUCAGAAGUACAAUGGAAGUAUGUUAUCAAUACAUGUGGACAGGAUUUCCCAUUAAAGACAAACAAAGAAAUCAUACAGCAUCUAAAGAGAUUUAAUGGAAAAAAUGUUACCCCUGGGGUGCUUCCCCCCAAUCAUGCUAUACCAAGGACGAAAUAUGUUCAUCGGGAGGAUUUAGUUCAUUCAUUAGUUUUGAGGACCACUUUGGUAAAGCCCCCUCCUCCUCAUAACAUAACUAUCUACUUUGGUACAGCAUAUGUUGCACUGACAAGACAAUUUGCUAAGUUUAUUUUUGAAGAUCAGAGAGCCAUUGACCUGCUGACAUGGUCCAAAGACACUUACAGCCCAGAUGAACAUUACUGGGUGACACUAAAUAGAAUAGCAGAUGUUCCUGGGUCCAUGCCAAAUGGAAUGUGGGAAGGAGACCUUAGAGCAAUCAAGUGGAGUGAUAUGAAAGAUCAUGGAGGUUGCCAUGGACAUUACAUUCGUGAUAUCUGCAUCUAUGGAAAAGGAGACUUGCCAUGGCUGGUUAAUUCCAAAAGUAUUUUUGCCAACAAGUUUGAAAUAAAAGCUUAUCCGCCUACACUGGAAUGUUUGGAAAUUAGGCUCCGUGAACGAGCUCUAAAUCAGAGUGAAAUCACUGUGCAGCAUGACUGGUACUUAUAAGCAUCGCUCUCUUGUAGAAGAAAAAAUAAUUCAGAGGAAGCAAGCUCUUAAACAGCAAGUGGAAGAAGAUCAUUCCUGAAGACUGUCCUUAAAAGGCAACAAACGAGCAAGCAGAUCUUGGAUAUCAACAACUAAGUUUACUUAUCAGGCAACAGAACCUCUCUUUAGUCACGUUGCAUAUUUAAACACCAUUACUCUUUUUGAUAAAAACGUACUUGCGUAUCGAGGGAGUAGUGAUAUAAGUUAUCUGGUACAGCAUACCUCUUAAAUUUUCCACAUUGCACACAGCUUAAAAAACACUUGAUGUCAUUGUUGCUCAUUAAACUUGGUACUUGUUUUAACCUUUUAAAUGCCAGAAGUCUAGGUCCAAUCCCUCUGGGACUUAAAAGAUAAAACAACAUAGAAUACUUUAAAAAGAUUAAAGUGUUCUAGUGAGAAAAUACCAGAGGUGAACCCUCAGAAUGAUCAGCAAAUGUAUUUUGAAUUUACACAGUGUAAAGAGGAACUACGCAAAUCUUUAAGGAACAUUCCACGUACCAUAAACACUGCAGCACAGUCCCGGGCGCAUUCCAAUGUAAGUAGUCAAUCCAUUUUAGAACAGUUUGACUUCUUACCUGGGGUCCUCCAGCAAAACUUCCACCUCCAUUAAAGCCUACAGGAGAGCCAGAAGCUCUCUUUAUGAGUUAAAGGAACACUGUAGUGACAGGAAUACAAACAAGGAUUCCUGACAUUAUAGUGUUUAACUAACUAUUUAGGUCCCUAGCCCCCUCUUAGAUCACUAGAAAAUGUGUUUUUAUUCACCUUUUUUCCCAGCCAGCCAAUCUUGCCGCGGCUGGUCCUGCCUCCAUGGCUGAGAUCAUCGGUCUCAUCAAUCUCUGCCAUGCAGAGUGUGGAGACGCUGAACUUAUAACUGGACUUAGAAGCACCUCUGAGUGACUGCCACUAGAGGUGUUCCUAGGCAUGUAAAUAUUGCUUUUUAUCUGAAAAACAAUUCCAUUGAAAAGCCUGCAGGUACAGGCUACAGACACCAGAAGCACUACAUGAAGCUGUAGUUGUUCUGGUGACUAGAGUGUUCCUCUAAGCCUGGCGGUGCACAUGAUAUAUGGUCCAGGAAGUUGGGACAAAGUAUUUAGGUCAAAUGCAUAGUGCAUGAACAAAUAUCUAUUGCCUGUGUUAGCAGAAUUUGUAGUAAAUGUUUAGUGUAACAGAAAAAUUUAGCAUGUUCCUUUUUGUAACAUUAUCAUUCCAAAAUAAUAUAUAUAUAUAUACAUGUGCUGCUACACUGGAAAAUACUUUGCAUGUGCUGUUAACUAUAGGCAUAAUUGUUCAGAAAAUGGAGGGGGAACAUUUUUAAAACAUUUAAAGUCCGCACAACCACUGCAGCUCAUUGCAUUUGGUUGCUGUACCCUCCCCAGGUUGUGUCAAACUGUUUUCAAGCAGUUUGGGAAAAUACAAAAGUAAAAAAAAAAAAAAGUAAAAACUAUGAAUUGCCUCAGUUAAUGUGAAAGUGAAGUUCCACAUUAGCUUGUCCAACUUUGAAUUUUGUGAUGGAUUAGCCCAGCAACUGUCUCUAAAUCAGUGUGACUACUAAAAUGUAACCAUGAAUUCUGCUGUAUCAAAAUCUAGUCAAGCAUAAAUUAUAUGUAUAGAAUAAGCAGGAAUCUGCUCUGUAAGUGUCAUAUUGUGAUUUAUAUGUUAACUACAUGUGCUGCUACACUGCUAUGCAGGGUGCUUGAAUGUAAGAGAACGUAAACAUAAAAUGGACCCUCAAUUGUUGAUUGGACUACAAUAGCCAUAAAUAGCUGCCCAUCACAUACAGUAGUAUGAGAUGAUUUCAGGUGUAUGGAAGCUGUAGUCCAAUGCAUGGAGGGAUACAUUUUACUACCUCUGUUGUAAGAUAUACUGCACUAACAUAUUAAAGCGACUCUGUCACUGUCUGGGGUCUCCGCUAGUUGUCUGGUGGCCUCAAGGUGCACUGAAACUCCAACACAGUCAAUGUAAUAAUUUCAAAAAGUAAUUUCAUGAAAUGCUCAUUGUAGAGAGGAGGGGGUGGCAGAGGCGCUUUAAGUAUGCAAAAUAGUUUUGAUAACGGAAAUGAAGAUGGUAAAUAUGACCUUCUGUAGAGCUGAAUGCAUUUGGUAAACUAGAAAGCCUGGUAGCCUGAGUCCUUUCUUUACUUAUGUUAUCUUCAAAUACAAUAUAAGAAUGGGGGAACAACCAAUUAAGUCUCAUUUUAAAAAGGAAGCCAGCAAGAAAACCAAACUUCAACUGUGCUGUUAGCCGAUUGGCUGCCAAGUAUUGCUGCUUCACAACUAACUUUAAAACAGGCUAUCAGCCAACCAACCAACACAAAGAGUGAUUUUAUUAAACGGAAACUCUGGCUGGAAGUGGGGCCAAUUUUUGUAAUUUAUUUUUAAAAAAAGUAAAUAUUACAUACAUACAAAGUGGGGGAAACCCUACAUUAAAAUAUAAUAAAAACAUUUUAAAAUACAUAUUUUUAAAAAAUUCCUGUAUUCAUUGCACAUCUCCAGUGACUCGGCCAAUCAGCAUGCUCCUAUUGUUUUACAUGAACUCAAGCCCAAUAUGAAACAUGCAGUUUAGCACUUAAUCAUUCAUCACAGAGAAUUACAUAAAAUGGCUGCCUAAUGAGAUCGCAGCUUCAACAUUAUGUGAAAUGUGAUCAUGUCUCAGAGUUCCUUCUCAAUAAGCUGUGAAAACACAUGUCACAGGAGAUGGGGAUUUGUGUAGUGUGCAUGUUUUACAGUAUUUGGAAUGGCAGAAGUGUACACGGGCAUAUACUUGUAAUGAUAUUUGAUAAUUUAUUGUGUUAAAAAAAUAGAUGGAUGCAAAAACUAAAUAUAAAUUAAAUUUUUCAAAAAAUAGGUAUGGUGAUGAAUGAAUCUCAAAAAAGUGGUUAUGGUGAAGAUUGCCUAGCACCUCUUAUUAGUUGGAGGGUAAGCUGCCAUAUGAGUAUAUACAGCUCUUCAAGUAUGGGUAUGGUUAUGGGUAUGGGUGUAAGAAUCAGUUCCAAGUGUGGUGGAUAGCCAAAUUGCUAUACUUUGUUUUGUAUGUUUUUGUAUGUAUUAUUUAUUUGAUAUUCCCCAUCUCGAACUGAUUGAGCAGAUUAAUUUGAUUGCAAAUAUUAGAUUUUUCCACAAGUAAUGCAGAGUAACUAUUCCUAGUAAAAAAUUACUGUAUUAGAAUUAGAAUAUAUGACUUUGCAACAAACUUGACUUUAGUGGAUAAACCUUGUCAAAGCAGUCAAGGUAUAACCUAGCACAGGUAUAGGCAACCUUCGGCACUCCAGAUGUUUUGGACUACACCUCCCACACAUGAUGCUUUGCCAGCAUUAUGGGUGUAAAAGCAUUAUGGGGGAUGUAGUCCACAACAUCUGGAGUGCCGAAGGUUGCCUACCCCUGACCUAGCAUAUAACACAGUGACUCCAAGAUGCAGUACAUGUAUCACUUGGCAUUAUGCAAGAUGCCUGAGCUUGCAUGCAUGCACCCAACUAACCGAGGGUAUACAGAGAGGUCAUUUUAUUUUAUACGC